AUGCAUCCAUUGGGAAAAGGUUAUGUAAUCUUUCAAUUUCAGUGCGAGGGCGACAAGGCAGCGGUGUGGCGAAGGUCUCCCCUUAGGAUUGGUGAUCAGGUCAUUCGAUUUCAACAUUGGAAACCUGAUUUCAAUAUUCACGAGAAGCAACUUUUUACAAAGCUUGUAUGGAUACGGUUUCCUGAUCUCCCGCUUGAAUACUGGCACGAAAAUGUGUUAUUGUUUAUAGCAAAGGCGGUAGGGUGCCCUGUGCCCCUAGACAGACGAACAAGACAAGGCAUUCUUGGCUUCUUUGCGAGAGUGCUGGUGGAGAUUGAUAUCUCUGACUUGGCAGAGAGGGUGGAGGAAGUACAAGUCGAAAGAUUAGAACUAGGUACAUCUCAGGUGUAUGGUUUUUGUCAAAAGGUGGUGUAUGAAGAUAAUAUGGAGCGUUGUGGCUACUGUAAACGAGUAGGACAUUUGAUUUCCAAGUGUAGGCUGAAAAGAUUGGAUGAUGAAAAGCAAUGUGCGGCUGAAAAAUUAGCAAAGGUUCCAGGGGCGGUAUAUGUUGAAGAUGGAGUCAACUCAGGUGGGAGUAACUCGGUGAGAGAGUCUCCUUCUAGGGGAAGAUCUUUGCCACAUCAGCAGAAUAAUUUUGAUCCUAUUCAAGAUUUAAUCUCUCCUAAUUCAAAUUCGUCUAACGCUGGGGGAGAUAUUCAAAUACUUUUGGAUCCUUCCAACUUUGUCUCAAACGUCUUAGGAAAGGAGUCCAACGGAGAUGAAAAUUCUGGAAUUAAGGAAGGCUUUGUGUCAGGGACGGUUAUAGAAUUAGAGUCUGAUUCUAAACCUCUAAAUAAGGAAGGAGAGAUUUCUAAUACUCUACCUAAGGAAGGAGAGAUAUUUGGAAUGGAAGAGGGAUCGGAUGCUGAUUCUGACCCAAACCCAACUGAGAACCCGAUCCAUGGAGUUCCUGGUGAUCCGCCAGUGGAUCCAUUGGGGGGGAACGAACCCAGAAUGAGGAUUACUCCUGAGGGCAAGGUUGCUGUUCCGGAGGGGAGGUAUCCUUCUCGUUACAGAAGACUCGGUGGGGGUCAAGGACCUGGACGUGGUGUUGCCAUGGCCAGUGCUGUGCAGCCAGUUGUUGAAGACCCUGGUGAGGAUCACGUGGUUUCUUCUUUGCCCAGGGUGGAAUGUUCAAGGGGAACAGUCUCUAUUGUGCAUUCAUAA